ACUGUGACCGGCCACCUCACCGAGGGGAAAAACCUACCACCGACUUGAGGCCGUGUCAAUGUUUCGAGCAUCAAUAAUUAAGAAUUGGAUUACAACUGGAAGAUUAAAUAUACCAUUCCCUUCAAAAUCAAUAGAUGAUUUAAAUGAUUAUAAUUUUCCUUUCUACUUUGUCGGCGACGAAGCCUUUUCAUUGACACCAUAUUUGUUGCGACCAUACCCACAGAGAACUCUUGAUAAUGUCAAAAGAAUUUUUAACUACAGACUAAGCCGAGGUAGGAAAACUGUGGAAUGUGCUUUUGGAAUGAUGACCGAAAAGUUUCAAGUUUUAAGCAGUGCAAUUCGCAUCCGUAAUACAGAAAGAGUGACUGAUAUUAUAAAAUCUGUGUGCAUUCUUCACAAUUUCAUUCGCAAAAAAGAAGGAAUUAAAUAUACACCAUAUGAACAAGUUGAAAACAUUCAAGAUAGCAUCGAUAGUACAACGGUAUUACCAAUUCAAGAUCUUGUGUUACGUGAUCGUGCUUCCGCUCAUGAAGUUAGAAAUUAUUUAGCAAAUUACUUUCUCACUCCCUGAGCCUCUAUUCCAUGGCAGUGGAAUUAUUGUGUU